CUUGUCUUGUAAAAAUAAAACACAUUCUUGAAACAAAUUAACGAUGUUUGCAGGCCACCAUGGAAAUAGCCGAGCUUUGAGCGAGCCGGAGAUAUUCGGCAUUCCACCUGACCAAAAAAUUAGUCAUGCCGGCCGUGUCUACGGGCUCAGUGUCGUCCUUGCCGGGGUUGCCCUCUCCCAGUGGCUGAUCCUGGGCUGGUGCGACGUCGGGGUGGACAGGACCCACGAGGAGCGCUACGGCUGGUGGCUGGUGUGUACUUUCUUUGCGGUGGUGAUCCUCGCCUGGACCCAAGUUGGCCGAAAGGUGCCGUUCAACUACAUCAUCAUAGCCUGCAUUGUGGAGAGCUCCACCGUCUACAUUGCCCUGGAACAGACCAAUAGCAAAAACGGGCUUGUUAACUUCUAUGCCGGGGUGGUGGUGGUCGCACUUAUGCUCGCAUCGAUAUUCUGGGGCGCCUACUUUCCCAUGUUCAUUGUGCCGGGCGACCUGGUUCUCAGUAUCCUGGUCGCCAUAGCGAACAUAAUGAUGAUCCUGUUCUUCAUCAACGCCUUUUUCAUUCACUACCAGGGUAUAUUCACGGCAGUGAGGAACACAUUCGCCGUGGUGGCCGUCUGCAUGGUGAUGUACACGGCUACUAUCAUCCACGACCGGCAGUUCGAUGUGCCCAAGAACGAGUACCUGUUCCUCAGUGUCCUCCAAUUCUUCUCCUACAUGAUCCUGCACGAGCGCAUCCUGACCCUGGCCAACCAAAACAGCCAGCACACCGUAGAAUGCUUACACUAAUAAAAAUUAAAAGCGGUAUUUUUUAU